AUGCCGAAGAAAAUCUGGCAUGCGAGGUUUCAAAAUGAAACGUCCAACGAGAGAUAUCAAAAUGAAACGUCCAACAUCCAAACAAUCGAAAGGAAACAGUCCAAAGGAAACAAAGGUAACAUCAAAAGGAAACAUCCAGAGCGUUCGACUCACAUAGGUAAGAAGCGGUUCAAAUGCGAAACAUGUCUGAUGGGCUUCGUUUAUCCAUCGCAAUUGGUUAAACAUAUGACGGUUCAUACCGGUGAGAAGCCGUUUUCUUGUCCGGAAUGCACGAAGAAUUUCACCGAGAAAGGGAGUUUGCAUAGACAUAUGAGGAUUCAUACCGAUGAGAAGCCAUUUUCUUGUCCGGAAUGCACGAGGAAUUUCACCGAGAAGGGGAAUUUGCUUAAACAUAUGAGCAUUCAUGCCGAUGAGAAACCGCACAGUUGUUCGAAAUGUGGGAUGUAUUUCACCAUUUUAUCGAAUCGGCUUGAGCAUUGGAGUAUUCACAUUAAUGAAGAACCGCACGCUUGUUCUGUGUGCAAUAAAACAUUCUCGCAAAAAAGUAAUAUGAAACGUCACAUGAAGAUUCAUAACAAUGAGAGGCGCUGA